UGACGGAAUAAUUUAAUUUUGUGAAGAUUAAUAAUUAGAUUACAUAUAGUACUAAAUUUUUAUAUUGAGAUUUAAACUUGAGGUUAUUUCAAUUAGACAGAUCAUAGUUUUAAUUAAUUUGUUAUACGUUUAUUAGUUGUAAAUUACGAGUUUGUUAAUUAAUUUAAAGUUAUAUUAAUUAUAUAAAUGGUAUCAAUUGAUAGUCUUAUCUUUCCUUAUAGUGAGGAUGGGAAAUCUCCUGUAUCAUUAAAUAAAGUUAUAUUUACUGAUGAAUCUGAUUCAACUCGAUACAGUAUUCAAUUGAAUGAACAAACUAAACUGGUAACUUCAGUAGAAAAGAUUAUAGCUCAAUCUCAACAAACAAUUCCUGAAUUAGUUCAAUAUAUUCAAAAUCCUACAAAUUCUAAUGGAAAUGAACCAUUACUUAUACGAAUUGAUCCAUUAUAUAGUAGAAUGAAAUUUAGUAUAUCAAUUGAUUCAAGUAAUGAAAUUAAAUCAGAUUCAUUAGUAAUUGUAAAGACUCGAGAAUCAGGGGAUGAUAUAAAACAAAUUCAACAUAUUUUAUAUGAAAAUAAAGAAGAUAUUGAAUGUCAAGUAUCUAAAAUCGAUUAUUCAGAUUUACCACUUGAAUCAAAUCUUACAACUAAUCAACGUAUAAUAAUUAAUGAUUCAUAUGAUAGAAGUUUUGUUAAUGGAGGUAAAUUAAAUAUUUCACUUUGGGAUUUAGAAUCAGAAACAAAUGAGUAUAAAUUCUUAUUGAAAUUUAGUGUAUGGAUUGAUGAAUAUAUUCCUGAUCGUAGACCAUCAGAUGUAAAAAGUUUUAAAGAUACAAAAUCAAUUGCUAGUAUUAAUACUUCUCAUAAUUAUGGAACAACUAAACAUUUUAAGAUUAGUGACUUUAAGAAAGAAUUUGCCUUUACUUUGGAAGAUGGACCUGAAUUUAGAAAUACUUUAAGUAGGUAUGAAUCUAAUUUAAUCUCAUUUAAAAAGAAUUUUUAUCAUUUAAGUGAAGAAUUAAAGAAUCUCGAUUCAAGCUUUAAAAGAUUACAUUCUUCAAAAUCAAAGAUUAUUGAAAUAGUUCGGAACUUAACAGAUGCUCAAUUUAAUACAUUAUUGAAACAAUUUGGAUUUUCAAAAGACUUUGAAACUAAAUUAAGAUCAAUAUUUGAUCCCUUUGAAAAGAAUCUUAAAUUCUUCUUACAUUAUGUAUGUGAGCCAAAACUUAUAACAAAGAUAUCACAGAGUUUAAAUUCAAAUAAUUUAAGUGAACCUAAUUCAUCAAGUGGAUCUUUGGCAUCAGGAUCGAGUGGAUCAUCCCAAAAUGAAUUAUUAAUUCAUAGAAAACAAUUUGAAAGUAAUUCAAAGGAAUAUUAUAGUUGGUUAAAUAAAUAUCUCAGUAAUGAAAAGGAUAAAUCCGAAUCCAAAUUAUUUAUUAAGAGAAAACAUUUUGAACUUUCAAAAUAUGAUUAUUUAAAUCAUUUGAAUCAAUUAACUAAUAAUCAAUAUCUGAAUCAAUUCUUAGAAUUAUUAUUCAAAUUUAUUAAUAUUCCUUAUGAUAAUCAUUAUCCGAGAUUAUUAAAUUUUAGUCUAUUUGAAGAUUUAAAGAAGAGUCAAGAUCUUAUUGGGAAUAAUUAUAAGAUUUAUUUAAAUGCUUUAUUAAGAUUCAAUAGUGAAAAGUAUCAAUUUCGUCAAAUGAUAGAAGCAUGUAAAACUAAUGAUGAAUUAACUAAUAUAAUCAAAUAUAAUAAAUUGAAUUAUUCUUUAGCUACUCAAAUGUCAAUAACUACAUCUUCAGAAGCAUCAACUAUAUCGGAAACUCCAUCUUCUCCUUCAAUUAUUGGAUCAUCUAAUGAUGAUGAUCUCUUAGUGAAUAUGGAUAAUAUUGGUCUAAUAUUCUCAGGAAAUUCACCAACUUUUGGUAAUAUGCUGGAAUCACCAAGUUUAAGUGAAGAAGAAAAGGGAGAAUUAAGUGGAAUAUUAUAUACUUUAGGUGGUCAAGGUAAACCUGGUUGGCAUAAAGAAUGGGUAGUACUAAAUAAAGGGUUAUUAAUGGAAUUUUCUGAUUGGAGGAAAGGUACUUCUCCUAUAAAUCAACCUAUUGAAAUUGCUUUAUCAAGUAUAAAGCCAGUAACUCAUGAGAAAAGACAAAAUUGUUUUGAAAUAUUAACUUCAAAAGGUAGUAAACAUGUAUUCCAAGCUUUGAAUGAAACAGAAAGGACAAAAUGGAUUAAAGCAUUAUAUAAUGCUGGUCAAGUGGUUGAUACAACAAGAUUGAAAGAAAGUUAUAGUGAACAAGGUAAUAAUAAUAAUAAUAAUAAUGGUAGAUCAAGAAAAAUCUUUUCUAAAUUGAAAACAGAAUUUCAUAUACCUCCUGUUGCACCUAUGGUGGCAGGAGGAAGUAUGGAUAGAUCUUUAUCACCAAUUUCAAUUACUUCUACAAUAAGACAUAAACAUCAAGAAGAGAAAGAUUAUUUAAAUUUAGUUAGAUCAAUUCCUGAUAGUGAUAAUAAUAUUUGUCUUGAUUGUGAAUCAACCGAUUCAGUUGAAUGGAUUUCUAUAAAUUAUUUGGCAUGUUUUUGUGUUAAAUGUGCAUCUGGUCAUAGAAGUAUUGGAUCUCAUAUAACUAAAAUUAGAUCUUUAAAGCUUGAUAAAUUUGAUAAUGAAAGUGAAAUGUUAUUAAAUUAUAUAAAUAAUAAGAAAGUUAAUCAAUAUCUUGAAGAAAAUCUUCCUAUAAAGGAUAAAAUAAGUCCUCAAACUUCAGAUGAAGAUAGAGUUAACUUUAUUAGAAAGAAAUAUGUUGAAAAGAAGUAUAAAUCAAUAAUUCCUGAUAUUAAUAAUACAUUAAUUAAAGCCAUUCAAAAGAUAAAUAUCCCUGAAGUUUUAAGAUGUGUAAUUUGUGGUGCUGAUGUAGAUAUUAAAAUUCAAAUAAGUAUUCCAAAUAAAGAUGAAUAUCAAAUCAUAAGUAUAUUUGAAUAUUCUUUAAGAAAAUUCGUUGAAACUUCUGAUGAUGAUUUAAUAUUAACAAGUUCUAAGAAAUAUUUCCUUAUCUCAGAAAUAUUAAUUUUGAAUGGUUGUAAGAUUGAUGAAAUUAAAGAUUUGCGAGAAGAUAUUGGAUUGACCGAUGCGGCUGAGGAAUAUUGGAAAAUAAGAAGUUUAAAACUUAGUGGUGGAAUUGUAUAGAUGUAUAGAUUUAUUUAUGGGAUCGUACUGCCUAAUGCGGUAGUUCCCGCAUUUUAAUGGUUGCGAAAUUCUUCUUUUUUUUUUUUUA